AGUUGAGGCUAAUUCGAUUUUGAUGUUCUUCACAGAGAUAUGAAGCAACCCAGAUAAGAAAGCUAGCGCCUUUUGAUUGAGAGGAACUGAAGUGCUGAGAAUCCAUAGGGUUUUGCUGUGAUAACCUUGCACAGUUGCACAGAAUCUAGUCGAGUUAACACUCCGCUUCGGUUGUCAGUUAUCCGUCACCGGUUUUUUGCAGUCUACAGAAAAAUCAAACAAGCACGAUAGCUGAUAUAAGAAUUGAGUAUUUGAUAUGUUUUGCCUAUGUCAAUGAGUGCAUUAGAGAGCUCCAGUCUUUACCCUCUUCCGCAGACUUGAGUACUUUUCCUGAACUGCAGCACUUACCAAAGACUCAGGUAUACAGACAUAACCAUUUGGUAUGUCUUCUUUGUGGAUUCGCUCACUUUCAGCUCAGAAGAGGAAGUUUGGCUAUGGUCUUCUUCAUAAUUCACUUAAGAGUUCCAGUAGCGUCGUCCCCCAGUUCUGCAUACGGAGACAUGGAGAUUUGACUAGCAUUCGAUCGUUUUUCACCACUUCCUUGUUCUGUCGUAUUGGAAUACUGUCUUUGAGUUGGAUUCAUGGCAGGUCAAUCUCAGUCUUGCACCCUUGUAUCCUUCAGGCUGCAAGGGAAUUUUGCACGCUACAUGAUGUUGAACCUUCUGGUACUGAUUCUUGCAACGAUGCAAGUGCUUAUUUGGAGGGGUCCGAUGUUGAUUCUGAUGGUAAUGUGGCAACAACGAAAGCUAGAGUCAGGUAUGAAAAGCCUAUAGAUUUCACCAAAGUAAAAAAGAAUCUUCUACCAACUGUAAUUCUUGUUGGGCGCCCAAAUGUGGGCAAGUCAGCUUUGUUCAAUCGUUUGAUCUGCAGGCGGGAGGCCCUUGUAUACAACACACCAGAUGAUCACGUUACUCGGGACUUCAGAGAUGGCAUUGCUAAAUUGGGUGAUCUACGAUUCAGAGUAUUGGACUCGGCUGGCUUAGAAACAGCAGCUUCUUCAGGUUCUAUUCUUGACAGAACAGCAGGGAUGACUGCGAGUAUUUUGGCAAGGUCUCAGUUUGCGGUUUUCCUUAUAGAUGUGAGAGCUGGACUACACCCACUCGAUCUGGAGGUUGGAAGGUGGUUGCGUAAGAAUGCACCCGGAAUCAAUAUUGUAGUUGCCAUGAAUAAGUCGGAAUCUCUUUUUGAUGGUAGUGGGUCACUUGCUGCGGCUGCUGCUGAAGCUUAUAAGCUGGGAUGGGGUGACCCUAUUGCCAUUUCAGCUGAAACUGGACUUGGUAUGCAAGACCUUUAUGGGAGUCUAAAGCCUAUGCUUGAGGAUUAUAUGCUGAAUGUCUUAAACAAUGAGCAAAACACUGAUGAGGGCAAUUUCAGUGACGACAGCUCCUGUGAGGUUGAGGAUAGUAAGCUGCCCUUACAGUUAGCAAUUGUAGGGAAACCCAAUGUUGGGAAGUCAACCUUGCUGAAUACAUUGUUACAAGAAGAACGUGUGCUGGUAGGUCCCGAAGCUGGUCUGACAAGAGAUUCAAUUAGAGCCGAGUUUGAAUUUCAAGGAAGAACUAUAUACCUGGUUGACACUGCAGGCUGGUUGCAGAGAACAAAGAUGGAGAAAGGACCAUCAUCCUUGAGCAUCGUGCAGUCAAGAAAGAGUCUCAUGAGAGCUCAUGUAGUUGCUCUGGUCCUGGAUGCCGAAGAGAUCUCAAAGGCCAGAAGAAGUUUGAAGCAUGAUGAAGUAGUUAUAGCUAGACAGGCUAUUGAAGAAGGGCGUGGUCUAGUGGUGAUUGUGAACAAGAUGGAUCUAUUGAAAGAACAAGAAAUUUGUGACAAGGUUAUGGAAGCUGUACCUCAAGAAAUUCAGACAGUUAUACCCCAGGUUACUGGAAUACCAGUUGUCUUCAUAUCAGCAUUAGAGGGAAGGGGUCAGGCAGCUGUCAUGCACCAGGUUAUUGAUACAUAUGAAAAAUGGUGUACAAGGUUAUCCACAGCUCGUCUGAAUCGUUGGUUGCGCAAGGUUAUGAGCAGGCAUUCUUGGAAAGAUCAGUCUGCUCAACCCAAAGUUAAGUACUUUACACAAGUGAAAGCACGACCACCCACUUUUGUUGCCUUUGUAAGUGGGAAGAAACAGCUCCCAGAUACAGAGGUUAGGUUCUUAAAAAGGUCUUUGAAGGAAGACUUUGAUUUGGGUGGAAUUCCAAUCAGGAUCAUGCAGAGGAACGUCCCACGGAAGGCUGCUAAUGCCAAUAACAAGAGCAGCCCACUUACUAAUAAAAUGCCUGAUAGGAUCUUCUCUGACAAGAGAACUGUAUCCGCUUGAAUUACCAUUUCUCAGCAAGUUAAACUCGUCAACAACUGAAGCUGUGUAAUUGUUUCAAAGAAUUUGUGGAUUACAUUGUACUGAUUAUUAUAGUAUUCUAGGU